AUGGAAUUUGGCUCCAUUUUCAAAAAUCGAAAACCAUUUCUUUUAGCUCUCUCCGCCGUCGCUCACUUCCCCGCUUCCUCUCCUCCCGGCUCCCGCCGUAGCAAUCGAAAAAUGGCCGAUAUCGAACCUCCGUCCUUCUCUCUCGGCUUCGACCUCGAUUUUGACGCCGAGCCUGAACCGGAAAUCCCUCCACCGUCGCCUCCCCGGCCGACGAGCAGCUGCCGACUACCGCCCGAAGAACACGAUGAAGACGGGGCUUUCGAAGCUUCCGUCGCCAUGGAUUCCGAGGACGAGCAACAAAAUGGGGAGGACAAGCUGACGACGCCUCCGUUUUCGCGUCACACAAUCCUCAAGCGCCUGAGGCGAGGACCUGCAAUUAAGGAGCCGAGAACGGGAAAGAGUUCCAUUCCCUGUGUGAAUGCCGACGAUGAUAUUGAAGAUUUCUCUUCCGACGACGGCGACGAUUUUGUCGCAGAUUUGCUUCCGUCAAGACAGCACAGCUCUGUAUGCAGCAGUGGUUCAAAAGUUACGCUUCGUGGAUCCGGAGUGUUAACCGGUCAAUCAUCAAGGCAGUCGUCAGUGGCAAAGGGAAAGGGGCUGGCUUUCAAGACACCAGCUUCAUCAAGCUUAGAGACGGGUCAUAGUGGGUUGGUGUUCCCGAAGUUGACUACCAGUCCUCUCAGAAGAUUUCAGCUGAUUGAUUCUGACGACGAGCCUACUCUCAUUGGCAAUAACGUGAACAGAAAGCCUGAACGUGUCGGGUCACAAUCCGCUGAGCAUAGUGGAAAAUCAUCAGGGAACAAUCGAAGGAUCGAGGACCUGUGGAAGGACUUCAGUCCGAUGCAGAAUGUUCGGAUUGCAACACCUGCUUUAGAUGACUUCUGCAACGAGUACUUCCAGUCUGUUAAAGAUAAGGAUGCUGCCGCGAAUAGACGUGAAACUCAACGAGCAGGUCAUGAUCCGAAUCGAAAUGCCAUGGGGGAGUUUGAGCAAUGCUGGAACGUAGAUGACCCUCUUCCUCCAGCCCAUCACUAUUUCUUCAACGAUGAUGCCAGGAUUCGGAGCAUAGUACACGACCGGUUGCCCCAUUUCUUCCCCCUUGGCGUGGUUAAAGCCCGAGGGAAUCUGCUGCCAAGUGAAUCAGUUAUCGACUACAUGAGUCAAUUUGGGGGAACCCCUCAAGACAAGGGAACUGGCGGAAGCAACAUGGACAAGGGAUCAACAAGCAAAGGAAGAAAGAGAGCAAGGAAAUCCGAUGCUAAAGGAGCUGCUUCUCAAGGUUGGGUGGACCCUAGAACCAGUGCAGGUCUCCCAAAGGAUGCCGGUAAACGACGAGUUCAGGCAAGUGGUCAAGCUGCUGCUGGUCAUUGGUUUACAUCUCCAGAAGGAAGAAAGGUAUAUUCCACGAGUUUACCUUCAUGUUCUCAAGCUUUCUUGUGCUGCUCGCGAUUUGUAAGUCUCUCCCUCCCACUGCAGGUUUAUGUCUCCAGAAACGGUCAGGAGCUUACUGGGCAAGCUGCAUAUAGACAUUUCAAAAGGGAUAGUGGAGGAUACAGAAAGACUAGAAAGAAAGCCACCAGCAAGAGAAAGAAAGCUUGAAGCUUGGGGAACUAUGUAGCAUCCAAUUCGAUUCUCUUUCCAUUCCCAUACUCAUAAUUUCCUGUCUCCAGAAAGUCGGAAACUUUUCAGUGAUGUCAUUUGUUUAUAGAGUUGUGCACAAAUGGGCAAGAAG